AUGGAGCGAAACAUAGAUAUCUAUGCCGCCAAGCUCGGCGACGAAAAGUUGGAUAUCAAAGUCCGAGCCAACGUUGCUACCGAAUUACGAGACACAAUUGAACCAUUAUGCGCUGGUGCAAACUACCCCAUCUUUUUAUCGAAGCUAUGGCCGGUAUUCAAAACCGUUUUGAAGGGAGAUCCGGUGUUCUUCAGCAUGUCCUAUGAACAAAAACUUCGAAACUGCAUCCUCGAGACACUCCACCGAUUACCGAUGGGCUCACCCGAUGUCGAGCCUUACGCUGUGGAUAUGGUCGACCUGCUGAUGGACCUUGUGAGGAUCGAAAACGAAGACAACGCGGUGCUUUGUAUGAAGACGAUCAUGGAUUUGGAGAGGAAUCAAGCCAAGGCCACAGCACUCCGGGUCCAAACCUUCCUUGAGCUGAUUCAAGAGAUGUUCCAGACCAUGGAACAAGUGGUCCGAGACACUUUUGACACUCCAAACCAAGCCACACCAUCGGGCAUGCCAUCAACGCCGAACGCAACAGCACAGAACUUCCAGUCUCCUCGACCGAGCUCGCCCGCAACCUCAGUAUCAGAUCUUGGACCAGAGCAGCAGUCAAGCAAUGUCCUUUUGAAGGGCAUGCAGUCUUUCAAAGUUCUCGCAGAGUGCCCGAUUAUCGUCGUUUCAAUUUUCCAAACACACCGCGCCUCAGUCUCAGCCAACGUGAAGCUUUUUGUACCGCUCAUCAAGACCAUUUUGUUGCUUCAAGCGAAGCCACAAGAAAAAGCACACUCAGAAGCUGCCGCACAGGGUACGAUAUUUACGGGAGUUUGCAAGGAGAUCAAGAACCGCGCUGCGUUCGGCGAGUUCAUCACAGCGCAAGUUAAGACGAUGAGCUUUUUGGCAUACUUGCUCCGUCUGUAUGCCCACCAGCUUCAGGAUUUCCUACCUACCCUUCCAGCUGUCGUUGUGCGCCUUCUCCAAGAUUGCCCACGAGAGAAGUCGGGAGCUAGGAAAGAAUUGCUGGUGGCUAUUCGCCACAUCAUCAACUUCAACUACCGCAAGAUCUUCCUUGAGAAAAUCGAUGAGCUUUUGGACGAGCGAACUCUCAUUGGAGAUGGUCUGACUGUCUAUGAGACCAUGCGACCUCUAGCCUACAGCAUGCUAGCCGAUCUGAUCCACCAUGUUCGUGAUCAUUUGAGUCGUGACCAGAUUCGCAGGACAGUUGAGGUGUACACGAAAAACCUCCAUGAUGACUUCCCUGGCACUAGCUUCCAAACGAUGAGUGCUAAACUACUUCUGAACAUGGCAGAGAACAUCUCCAAAUUGGAAGACAAACGUGAGGCGCGGUACUUCCUAAUAAUGAUCUUAGAUGCAAUCGGUGACAAGUUCGCAUCAAUGAACCACCAGUUCAAGAACGCUGUGAAAGUUUCUAAGGCCUACAAAGAUUUCCGCAAAGAUACCGAACCCUGCCCCGAGAGCUACCUCGCCGAAAAAGACCAACCACCUGACUGGGAUGAGAUCGACAUUUUCUCGGCUUCGCCCAUCAAGACCUCUAGUCCACGUGAUCGCGGCGGUGAUCCAGUUUCGGACAACAUUUUCCUCUUCAGGAACUUGAUUAAUGGGUUGAAGAACAUCUUCCGCCAAUUGAAGAAUUGUAACCCAGAUGACGUCCAGAUCGACCCGAGUAACGUCCCUGUCAACUGGUCCGAGGUAUCAUAUGGCUACAAUGCAGAGGAGGUUAGUGUCAUCAAGAAGCUCUUCCACGAGGGAGCUCGUGUGUUCCGCUAUUAUGGCGUUGAUCAGAGCCCUCCUGAGAUGAACUACGCCUCUCCAUUUGAUUUCCUUGCAAGUCAGUACACUGCACCGAUGACACGGGAGGAGAAGGAGCUUCUGGAAAGCUUCGGCACUGUCUUCCACUGCAUUGAUACCGCGACAUUCCACGAAGUUUUCCACUCCGAAAUCCCCUACCUUCACGAGUUGAUGUUCGAACAUGGGGCUUUGCUCCACCUGCCCCAAUUCUUCCUGGCUAGCGAGGCCACAUCCCCCGCAUUCUCGGGCAUGGUUCUGCAGUACUUGAUGGAGCGUAUUGAUGAGGUCGGGACCUCUGAUAUGACAAAGGCCAAGAUUCUUUUGAGAAUGUUCAAGCUUUCCUUCAUGGCGGUGACUUUGUUCUCUGUGCAGAACGAGCAGGUUCUCCACCCUCAUGUGACCAAGAUCGUGACCAAGUGUAUUGAGCUCUCGGUUACCGCCGAGGAGCCGAUGAAUUACUUCCUUCUUCUCCGUUCUCUGUUCCGAAGCAUUGGAGGGGGACGGUUUGAGCUCUUAUACAAGGAAAUUCUCCCCCUCUUGGAGAUGCUGCUUGAGACAUUUAACAACUUGCUGCUCGCAGCUCGUAAGCCACAGGAGCGGGAUCUCUAUGUGGAGCUUACCUUGACUGUUCCCGCUCGAUUGAGCCAUCUUCUUCCUCAUCUCAGCUACCUGAUGCGACCAAUAGUGGUGGCAUUGCGUGCGGACUCUGACCUGGUCGGCCAGGGUCUUCGCACCCUCGAACUCUGCGUGGACAACCUCACAGCUGAUUACCUCGAUCCGAUCAUGGCUCCCAUAAUGGACGAGCUCAUGACUGCCCUUUGGGAUCACCUUCGCCCUCACCCUUACAACCACUUCCACGCCCACACCACCAUGCGCAUCCUGGGCAAGCUGGGUGGACGGAACCGCAAGUUCCUCAACCAUCCACCUGAGCUGUCAUUCCAGCAAUUCUCAGAUGACAAUCCUAGCUUUGAUAUCAGGCUGAUUGGCCCGAACGAGAAGCGGCCUUUCCCUGUUGACAUCGGUAUUGACCUCGCUGCGGGUAAGCUAAUGGAAGUCCCGAAGACGGAUUCGGCCAAAGCCUCGGACAUCUAUUAUAAACAGCAGGCAUAUCGUAUGCUCAGCUCUCACCUCAAGCUUCAAAUCGGCUAUGACUCUAUUCCUGAUGAUUUGGCUACAUCGAUCAGGCUUCAUGCCAACGAUCUCUUCGAGAAUAAGCCUAGUGCCAUGGCUGAUAUCCUGGACAAGUCCGAGAGGUCUGCCUCCAUCCCAAAGAAGAUCGCGCAAGAAGCAACUGUCAAGAAGCUUAUCAAGGCUUGUAUCUUCGCCACCACGAUCCCAGAGCUUGAGCAGACGGCCAAGGCUUUCGUGGCUGACGUUUGCAAGCACUUCACCCUCGUAGAGGUUGGUCGUGCCCUGGCCCAAUUCCGCCACGGCCGCAAGGCUUUCGACGUUGCCAGCGGUGAGGGUCCCGUGUACCUUGACUCUAAGAUUCUUGCCGAAGCGUUGGUUGAAUGUCUCGCAUCCGAUGAGAUCCAUGUCCGUGAGGCUGCGGAACAGUCAAUGGUUGUUGUGAAGGAUGCUGCUGGUGUUAUCUUCGGAUCCCCAGAGAAGGCCGCCAAGCUCCCAUUCUUCCAACACCUGGGCCGUGUCUUCUGUCACAGUUGCUAUAGUGAAGAGUGGUUUACAAAGGCAGGCGGAAGCCUAGGAAUCAACUUGCUCGCGACCAAGCUGGACUUGGGAGAAUCGUGGCUGUAUGAGCGACACGUCGAAUUCUGUCGCUCGUUGAUGUAUGUGAUCAAGGACACACCAUUGGAUCUUCCAGCUGCUACGCGCAUCCAGUCACAGGAGACCAUGAUCUUGAUUCUGCAGAAAUGUGGCAAGCUCAUUCCCAAGGACGAUUUGAAGAACGAAAAGACUCGUCUGUAUGCCCUCUGUGGUUUGCUCGUUUACGAGUUGGGUCACAUGAACAAGCAUGUUCGCGAGACGGCCCGCCGUUGCUUCACCACUUUGAAGGAAGUACUUGGCUGUGAGGUCCAUGAAUUGAUCUUGCCUGUCAGAGAUCGACUCUUGCAGUCGAUUUUCAACAAGCCCCUGCGUGCGCUGCCUUUCGCAACCCAAAUUGGCUUCAUCGAUGCCAUCACCUACUGUCUGAGCCUUCACAAUGAGAUCGUCACUUUCAACGAGCCUCUCAACCGUUUGAUGCUGGAAUCACUUGCGCUAGCUGAUGCCGAUGAUGAAUCUCUCGCCUCCAAGCCCAACGAGUUCAAGAAUGCCGAUAUGAUCGUCAACCUGCGUGUUGCUUGUCUUCGUCUCUUAUCGAUGGCAAUGAGUUUCUCCGAGUUUGCCAACACCCCACAGAACACAAGCAGGGCCCGCAUUAUCUCUGUUUUCUUCAAAUCCCUCUACUCUCGCUCGCAAGAAGUCAUCGAAGCUGCCAAUGCUGGCCUUCGGGAUGUUCUCACUCAGACCAACAAGCUUCCAAAGGACCUAUUGCAAAAUGGCCUACGUCCGAUUCUGAUGAACCUCCAAGACCCAAAGCGCCUCAGUGUUGCUGGUUUGGAUGGCCUUGCUCGUCUGUUGACCUUGCUCACGAAUUAUUUCAAGGUUGAGAUUGGCGCACGCUUACUCGACCACAUGAAGGUCAUUGCAGAUGACUCUGUACUACAGAAGGUUUCAUUCAGUCUCGUUGAGCAGAAUCCAUCUAUGAAGAUAGUCGCCGCCAUCUUUAAUAUCUUCCAUCUCCUCCCCCCAGCUGCGACUUCAUUCAUGGAGAACCUUGUCAACAAGGUGCUUGAUCUCGAGACAAAGCUUCGCCGUACCUCCCACAGCCCUUUCCGAAAGCCACUUGUGAAAUACCUGAACAGAUACCCAAAGGAGAGUAUUGCAUUCUUCUUCGCGCGGUUCAAGGACGAGCGGUAUGGACGCUUCUUCGCCCAAAUGAUGGCAGAUCCUGAGAGCGAGGCAUUGCGAAACGCUCUCGUGGCUGAUGUUGAGGGAUUCUCUACUGCGGCAUUUGGUCAAGACACUAGCGACGGCAAGAACACUGCUGCUAUCAACGGAGUCUAUCUAGCACACUCUCUAUGCUCGUACAGCUCAACCAAGCGCUGGUUGGUCUCGAACGCAGACAUGAGAAUGAAGCUUUUGACUUCCGGUAGAGAGUUGGAAAGGAAGCUCCGAGGUGAUAGUCUGCCCGCCGAUGAGCGACUCCGAGUGGAACAGGCGGAAGAUCAAUUGAUGGAUAUCUUCACUAUGUACUUGGCCGAGUCCACGCAUGACCUAGACUUCCUCUUUGAGGUCAUUGAUGGACUCUCCGCUGAUGAGUUGAAGCGUACAUUGGCGCUUCCCAAGUUCAUCUACAAGAGCAUUAUCUCCAACGAGUCUAUCGACUACCGCCGCUCUGUGAUCAUGCGCUGUCUUGAUCUCUACGGCCAGAAGAGUUGUCCUCAGAAGACUAAGACCUACGCUUUCCGUCAUUUGGUGAACCCAAUCUUCGCCAUGGAUGUUCAAGUCAAUUGGAACAGCCCUCCGAACACCCCUAAGCUCAUGGACAAGAGCAUGACUGAAUCGAUUCAGAGUCGUCUAUGGAAGCCUCAACUUGCAGAUCUGAGCGAGGAGUCCAACCAGGCGGGCGUCGACCACUCGCGAAUGGAGUUACUUCAGCUGUCUGCGUUGUUGAUCAAGUACCACUCUCAAACGGUGCAGGAUUCUCGCAAGGAUAUCAUCAAGUUCGCCUGGAACUACAUUCGCCUUGAGGACAUCAUCAACAAGUACGGUGCAUACGUCCUGAUCAGCUACUUCAUCGCACACUACGAGACACCCUUCAAGAUUGUGAUACAGGUCUAUGUUGCUUUACUCAGAGCUCACCAGAACGAGGGUAGAGCGCUUGUGACCCAGGCCCUUGAUGUUCUUGCUCCCGUUCUUCCCACACGGACCGUGAACAGCUCAGCCCAAGACGCAAGGUACCCGCUGUGGGCUAAAUGGCCUCGUCGCAUCUUGGCCGAGGAGACUGCCAACUUGCAGCAGGUCAUGAGUAUCUUCCAAUUCUUGGUUCGCCAGCCUGAUUUGUUCUACGAGUCAAGAGAACACUUCGUCCCUCUCAUCGUUCCAUCAUUGGUCAAGAUAACUGGUCCGCCAAAUACCUCAAAUGACAGCAAAAAGCUCGCACUCAACUUGAUCAGUUUGAUUUGGCAUUGGGAGGAGAAGCGCGCGCAGAACGCAGAGUCUCACUCCCUGACUCAUGGAUCCUCCGAGUCACCAGUUGCGAGAAAGCGCAAGUUGGAAGAGGCCCAGGAGCCGUCACCAUCUCCUGCCCUCGGACCCCCAAGCAGCCGUGAACGUUCCGAAUACACUGUGCCCACGGAUUUGCGCGCGGCACUGGUCAAGUACCUUAUUACUUUCAUCACGACCAUUCCCGAACGCUUCCUAGUUCCAGCUGCUGAGAUCCGUCAAAUGCCAACGAACAAGCAACAGAACCCUGUGCCCACAGGAGAAAUGAUCAACAAGGCCAUCAACUUGCUCCGCAGUCUCCUUUCUCCCGAGUACUGGGGCGAUCUUGAUAUCGAUCUCUACCAAAAGGUGACGGAGCCUAUCUUGGUGGGCGAAAAGGGCGACAAGCCCGAGGACAAGAUCACGUACAUGGUCAACACGCUACAGGUCCUGCGAGUUCUCAUUGGAACCAAGCCAAACGAGUGGGUGGCUGCUCGUCUCCCAUCCAUCCAGAAGCUCCUCGAGAAGCCAUUGAAAUCGGACAACCCAGAAAUUCAAGACUGUCUUCAUGGCCUUGAGGACGAUACAGACAUGGCACACAAGCUUCCCCCUCCCAUCCGCCAUGUCCUUGAAGCGAUUCCCGAUGAACAGCCCGACGACGAAGAUGCCAUGGACACUGAAGGUACGCCUUCUGAGUUCGGCUCGUAUCUGUCUGCCAUCGCCAACGAGACUCUUUCGGCGAACAACUACGUUUCAAGCUUGAACAUCCUGUGGACUCUUUCCAAGAUCAAGCCGGCUGAGAUUGAUGCGCACAUCCCCGCCGUGAUGAAGGCCUUCUCCACAAAAUUGGCAAAGGAGCAUGUCGCUGCGUCCACUCAAAACGUUGCGCAGGCUCAGAAUGGGGCAAAGCCGGCCGAAGGUGGGGCCACGCCCCCUGUCACAGACCAACAAGAGUUUGAACUGGGCGUCGACCUCAUUCUCAAGACAAUUGAACUGAUCUCCGUUCGCAUGUCUCAUCUUGGAGACCAACGGCGUCCGUUCCUUAGCGUCCUUGCUCAAAUUGUUGAGCGUUCGCAGAACGUCGAACUUUGCAGCAAGAUUCUUGGUAUGGCCGAGUCCUGGGUGUUCCACUCCACUGAGUCUUGGCCCACCCUGAAGGAGAAGACAGCUGUUCUCCACAAAAUGUUGCUUUUCGAGUCUCGGCCCGAUCAGACAAUGCUGAAGAAGUUCCUUGACCUCGUGAUCCGUAUCUACGAGGAUUCGAAGAUCACUCGAACCGAGCUGACAGUUCGCUUGGAACAUGCUUUCCUGAUUGGCGCAAGAGCCCAGGAUGUGGAAAUGCGCAAUAGGUUCAUGCAAAUCUUCGACCGCAGUUUGACCCGUCUCGCUAGCUCUCGUCUCAGUUAUGUCCUCACCUGUCAGAACUGGGACACUCUGGCCGACUCGUUCUGGCUGGCUCAGGCGUCCCAUCUGGUGCUUGGAUGUGUUGACAUGAACACCACCGCUCGCUUACACCAUGAGGAUUUCACCUUGUUCCCGGUAUCAUUCCUCUUUGGCACUGGAGAUAAGGACCCCAGGAAGGCGGAUAUCAUGGUCGACAACCAGCUCGAGGCAUUUGUCACUGAGCGAAGACGAUUCAUGUCUGACGUUGGCGACGUGAGAGUUCGUGAUUUGAUUGAGCCUCUGUGUCAGCUCCAGCAUACCGACUCCAACGUUGCGUACAAGCUGUGGACCACUAUAUUCCCCCUCUUCUGGUCCACACUUUCAAAGGAGGAUUGCAUCGACUUGGAGAAGGACAUGGUCACUUUACUUACUCGAGAGUACCACCACAGACAAUUGGACAAGAGGCCCAACGUUGUACAAGCACUCCUGGAGGGUACCGUACGCGCCAGUCCGCGAUUCAAGAUUCCUCCGCAUGUCAUCAAAUACCUCAGUCGAACCUAUGACGCAUGGUACACUGCUGCGACAUACCUUGAACAGACUGCCAUCGAUCCCAUUAUCGACACGCCCACUGUUCGUGAGAGUAAUCUCGAUGCCCUUGUCGAGGUCUACGCAGGUCUUCAAGAGGAUGACUUCUUCUAUGGAACUUGGCGCCGGCGCUGCAAGUUUGUGGAAACCAAUGCUGCGCUGUCUUACGAGCAACAAGGAAUGUGGGACAAGUCUCAGCAGCUCUACGAGAAUGCCCAGAUCAAGGCCCGCUCUGGUGCUAUGCCAUUCUCACAGGGUGAAUACUUCGUUUGGGAGGACCAUUGGCUGACAUGCGCCCAAAAGCUCCAGCAAUGGGACAUUCUGAGCGAUUUCGCCAAACACGAGAAUCUGAACGACCUUUUGUUGGAGGCUGCUUGGAGAAACAUUGAGAACUGGCAGAGUGAGGGUAACCGAGAACAGCUCGAGUCAUUGAUCAAGUCCGUGUCCGAUGCUCCUACACCAAGACGCACGUUCUUCCAGGCCUUCAUGGCUCUGCUCCAAUACCACACGAAGAAAGACAACAUUCAGGACUUCAACAGUGUCUGCGACGAGUCUAUCCAGCUCUCUAUCCGCAAAUGGCUACAGCUGCCCAAGCGCAUUACCAAUGCCCAUAUUCCCAUUCUGCAGCACUUCCAACUCUUGGUCGAGUUGCACGAUGCUAGUCACAUCUGCGGCAGCUUGGCUCAGACAAACGAACGUAACUUGGAUACCAAGUCUGCGGAGCUCAAGUUGCUGCUCGGCACAUGGAGAGACCGUUUGCCCAAUCUCUGGGAUGAUAUCAACACCUGGCAAGACCUUGUCACUUGGCGUCAACACAUCUUCCAGCUCAUCAACGGCACUUACCUCAGUCUCUUGCCUCCACAGACAAACAAUGUGGCCAGCAACUCUUACGCCUACCGUGGAUAUCAUGAGACAGCUUGGAUCAUCAACCGCUUCGCUCAUGUCGCUCGCAAACACCAGAUGCCAGAAGUUUGUAUCAACCAGCUCAGCCGUAUCUACACCCUUCCGAAUAUUGAAAUUCAGGAGGCGUUCCUCAAGCUUCGCGAACAGGCCAAGUGUCAUUACCAGAACCCGAAGGAGCUGAGCGCCGGACUGGACGUGAUCAACAACACAAACCUGAAUUACUUUGGUCCGCAGCAAAAGGCCGAGUUCUACACGCUCAAGGGCAUGUUCCUUGCCAAAUUGGACCAUGUCAACGAGGCCAACGAGGCGUUUGGUGUUGCGCUGUACUAUGACCUGAGACUUGCCAAGGCCUGGUCUGAAUGGGGACAAUACAGUGACCAGAGAUUCAAGGCGGACCCCACUGAUUAUGAACUUGCUAGUAAUGCUGUUAGCUGCUACUUGGAGGCAGCUGGUCUCUAUAAGAGCGCGAAGUCGCGCAAGCUUCUUAGCAGAAUCCUCUGGCUGCUGAGUCUGGACAACGACGAAGGCAAAAUUGCAAGUGCAUUCGAGAACUUCAAGGGUGACACUCCCGUGUGGUACUGGAUCACCUUCAUCCCCCAACUUCUCACCAGUCUGUCUCACCGCGAGGCACGUCUUUGCAAGGCUGUCUUGACCAAGAUUGCCAAGCUGUACCCGCAGGCUCUCUUCUUCCUGCUCCGCACAAACAGAGAAGACAUGUUGAGCAUCAAGAAACAGCAUGACCAGAAGCAAGAGAAGUUGAACAGAGCUCGACAGCAGCAACAAGGAUCAUCGCCAAGUACCAAGACAAACUCUGUCGCCGGUGCUGAAAGCUCUCCUGCCCAGAAGGCUCAAGCCAACGCCUUGGCUGCCAAUGCCUCGCCAUCCAUUGCGGCUGCUGGCUCGCCAGCCACGCAUAAUCCUGCACUCCCGAACCAGUCUCCCGCCCAGCCUGUUCAAGCAUCCCCUCGGCAAGGCCAGGGUCAAAGUCCACAAGCUGGUCAGACUCCAGGUCAAGGCCAACAUUUGCAGGUGCCAGGCCAAAACGGAACACCACAGGUCCCUGCCGCGGAGGGCGAAAAGGAAGCGCUCAAGAAGCCUUGGGAGUAUUCGGACGAGAUCAUGUCUGGAUUGAAGACAGCUUUCCCCUUGCUUGCUCUCUCCAUGGAGACAAUGGUCGACCAGAUUCACAAGAACUUCAAGUGUCCUCCCGACGAAGAUGCUUACCGAUUGAUCGUCGCUCUUUUGAACGACGGACUGGCUUAUGUUGGCCGCAUGCCUGCAUCGUACGCCACGGACUUCAAGUUGCCUGCCGCCACGGAAGCCAACAUCACUCGUUUCGCCGAAACCAUUCUUCCCGCGCACAUCCGCAAAUCGUUCGAGGCAGACUUCGUCACCAAAAAGCCGACUAUGAACGAGUACAUCCACAAGCUCCGACGCUGGCGUGAUAAGUUCGAGGAGAAACUCGACCGUCGACCACAGCAGACCUUCCUUGAAAGCGCCUCGCCCCACUUGAGUGAGUUCCGCUUCCUCAAAUUCGAUGAGGUCGAGAUCCCUGGUCAGUACCUAUUACACAAGGACAAGAAUCAAGACUUUGUCCGCAUCGACCGCUUCCUUCCAGAUGUGGACCUGGUACGAGGUAUUGGUGUUUGCCACCGCCGCUUGAAGAUUCGAGGACACGACGGCAGCGUUCAAGCAUUCGCUGUUCAACACCCUGCUGCCCGCCACUGCAGACGGGAGGAGCGUAUCCUCCAAUUGUUCCGUAUCUUCAACGGCUUGCUCGCGAAACGUAAGGAGAGUCGACGCCGCAACCUAUACUUCCAUCUCCCCUUGAUGGUUCCUUUGGCGCCUCACAUCCGUCUUGUUCGGGACGAUUCCUCAUACAUCUCUAUGCAAGGUAUCUACGAGGAUUACUGCCGUCGCAUGGGCAUGAACAAGGAUGAACCAGUUCUCUUUACAAUGGAUAAGAUGAGAUCGUUGGCAGAGACCAAACAAAAUCGCACGCCCGACCAGCAGCAGGUUCUUCGUACUGAAAUCCUCACGGCGAUUCAAGACAAGUGGGUGCCGAACACCGUGGUCUUGGAAUACUUCCAACAGACAUACCCGAACUUCUCAGACUUCUGGCUAUUCCGUCGACAGUUCGCCUACCAGUACGCGGCAAUCGCCUUCAUGACCUACGUUAUGCACAUUGGAAACCGUUACCCGAACAAGAUCCUGAUCUCUCGAUCCACCGGAGAUAUCUGGGGUGCCGAAUUGAUCCCUACCAUCAACCCAGCCAAGGCGUUCUUCUACAACCCGGAACAAGUCCCCUUCCGUUUCACGCCAAACAUUCAAACUUUGCUGGGCCCCAUUGCCACUGAGGGUGUGUUCGCUUGUGCAAUGAUGGCUAUUGCCCGCUGCCUGACAGAGCCACGCCACGAGUUGGAGCAGCAGCUCAGUGUCUUCGUGCGUGACGAGAUGAUGUUCUGGGCCACGGCACAACACCGCGGCUCCUUGCCUCCGAACCAGCUUCGUGACCUCGUUUACAACAACAGCGAGAUCAUUGUCAACCGUGCUGUCAGUCUUGCCAGCCCGCCAGAGGGUAACUUGCCUGCCAACCAGACUACAAUCGAUCUGGUUUCCAAGGCUGUCAAUCCUCAGCACCUGGCUUCGUGUGAUGCUUUGUGGAUGCCAUACCUUUGA